CUCAGGACGGGACUUGCCAAAUCCUGUUUCUGCAGUAUUGUGGAAAACAAGCUCAGGGUAGGUUGUCUUCAUGCAUUUUCUUUGGAUUUCACGUUCCCAGGCCUCACCGGAGAGUGAAAAUGCUGCUGAUGGGAAGCAGUCCCAGCGUGUUGAGGAUCAGAUCAAUGAUGAGCAUCUCCACAGGAUCGAGCGCAUGUUCCGCGAGGCAGAUGUAGACGGGGGUGGAGGCUUGGAUAUGGAGGAGUUCCGAGAGGCCAUGAAGAAGAUCAUGGGUGAGGUGGAUGACGAGGACCUGGAUAUUAUCUUCAUGAAGGUGGACACCAACUGCGAUGGCUCUGUGGACUGGGACGAGUAUUUGAACUACAUGUUGCUGGAGUACCGUGAGAAGGACUCUUUACAUAGACAGAACAGGCCUCUCUUCUUCCCCAAGCCACUGAAGCUCAUUCCAGUGGUUCACUGUGAGGUGAUAGUGCGUAUCCAGUUCUACCCCAUCCACACCCGGCAGGCUGAGAAGAAGGAAGAUAAAACAGGCUUACCCAAGGCCCUGACACAGCUAGGGCGCUACAUGUCCAUCAGCCGGGACGGGUUCCUCAACUACUGGAACGAGAGGUUCAAGCUAAUCCGCACUGUCCACGUGAAACGAAAGCAAGCCCAGCAGAUCUGGGUGACGGACAUGGUCUGUAUGCCCAAUAUGAACAUGUUGGCAGUCUCCUCGACAGACAGGGAUAUAGAAUUUUUCGACAUCAGUGCCAGCAAAUGCGACAGACUGUUUUCCCUUACCGGGCUUGAUAAUUACAUUAUAGUAAUGAACUACUGGACGGAUGGUAAAAAGGGAGUAUUUAGUAUUGGAGAUGCAAGGGGGAACAUAGUGGUCCUGACUUCCUUGGAUGUAGUUCGCUACGGCCUGUUCAACAUGCCUGGCUUCUCCACCACGUCAGGUGGAUCUUGCAGAAUUCCAAUACAAUCUGUGUUCAAAAACACAUCCAGCAUUUACUGUUGUUACAAAGUGAAUUCUCUCCUCAAUGACUGGUGUCGUAAGAUCCAGUUCAUCCCGGAGCUCAAUGCUGUCGUCACGUGCUCCGCCUGUGAUCAGACUGCCAUGGUCCUGACCACCCUGCCUCACGCCAACAAAAGCAGAAUCCAAAACUCCACAUUUUUUUUAAAAAAGGGGAUCCUCUGCUUCGAUUAUACACCUGAAUGGAAUCUCAUUGUGACAGGUGGGUUCGACAGAAUUGUGAGGAUGUGGAACCCCUAUGUGACCAACACUGCCACCUCCCAAAUGAAAGGGCACAACUCUGCAAUCACUCACAUUGUGGUCAAUGGAAAAGCCAACAAGAUCAUCAGCAUUUCAAAAGAUAAAAACCUGCGUGUGUGGGAUCUGGAUGAUUGCACCUGUCUCCAGAACAUCCACUCCAGAAACAUGAAUCUUGGGAGGUUCCCCAUCUCCGACAUCCACUACAACAAGGAGACCAAUACACUGUCCCUCGCUACCUUCCUGAUUGGGGUUCUACAAGGCGCUAUAGAAGAUGCAGAAGCAAGUUUUAAGGGACUCACAUCUCACGAGCAGCCGCUGUGUGCUGCUCUCUAUAACAGCAACUUCAAGCAGGUGGUGAGCGGCUGUCACAACGGACUGGUGAGUGUCUGGGACAUCCUGACUGGGGAGAAGGUCAUGCAGUUCCUUACCUCCAGUGAGAAGGGGGUGGAGGUGACGGCCAUGACUUUUGACGGGCCCAAAAGACGACUCAUCACCGGAAGCAUGGACGGCACCAUCAAACUGUGGAACUUUAACAACGGAGCCUGUCUCUGGGAGCUGCCCAAGUUCAACAACACAGAGGUAACUGGAAUUCUGUACCUUAACCAGAGAAUUUAUGUUUCUGGCUGGAGCAAGUAUGUCAUGUGGUACCUAGAUGCUAAGGAAGAUGACGAGCUGGAGUACAGACAGUGGAAACGCUACCACUCGGAGGAUAUCUUCUCUAUGGACAUGCACGGCAACAAGCUGCUAGUGACGGCCUCCUACAGCGGGGAUAUCAUUGUGUGGAACAUCGACUCUGGACAGGCUUUCUGCAGGUUCAACCCCUACCAGAGCCCCCAGCCACUCCUGCCUGUCCGGGUGAGUGAAGAAGUUAAGCCCAAGCAGGACAAGUCCCCAGAUCAUGCAGAGGACGUUAAUGAGCCCUGGGCCAACCUCAGGAAAUCAAAUUUGACAGACGGAUCCUCAUCCAGCACCCUCUCCAGCCAGCACAGGGCCCUCGCCUCGGCACCCCCGGUCAUGAAGAGUUCCAGCCUCGCUAACUCCAAGCAGGAUAUGCGGAGUGUUUUGAAUGAAAAUAGUUUAGUUGUGGACGGCGAGGUGGAGGAAGAAACGAGCGCCAAAAGAGAACCGAAAAAAGCCUGUCAGGGGAGGAAGAAGAAAAGGGAAGAGGAGAGAAUUGAAGAGAAGCUGGAGAAACCCAGACUGGCUGUGGAGAAGGUUUUCUUCCUCCGCACGCGGGAACGCAGUCCUGACACCGCGAUCCUGCUCUCCAGUGCUGCCGACGGCUACAUCUACGCUUGGUCUAUCAGCCACCAGGGGGGGCUACUGGGCAAGUUCCGCGCAGUGAACACAGAAGAGACGUCUGUCAGCACCAUGUCCACCGACGAGAAGGGUCAGAUCCUGUUGACUGGGGAUACCAACGGGUACAUCAGGAUUUGGGAAAUUGAAAAUUACUGUUAUCGUACAAAAGAAGAAAAGAGGCCUGCGUCAAGCGAUGGAGUGAACAAGGGCCUGAGACUGCCAGACCUCAUCCCAGAGUACUGCAGAAUGCAGGGGCCGAAGAGCGAUGAUAUUGAGGCAGAAAAAGAGGUACAGGAUGGAUGGACCACCUCUCCAGUCCCACCCACACUGCUGAGCUCCUGGAGGUGUCAUUUGCAGCGGAUAGUCCACGUCGAGUAUGUGGACAGGUUUCAGUUGAUCGUCACAGCUAGUUUAGACUGCAAUGUCCGUCUUUGGAGCAUUGCAGGCAAAUACAUAGGUACAUUUGGCCAGGCUCUAUGGCAGGUGCGGGUCCAGCCAGGCCUUCGCACCCAGCUGCCUGCUGAUUUAAAGAGAGUCGCCUCCUGCCAAACCCUGAAAGUGCUGAAUGAGGGCACUCGCCCCCACUGGGAAUGUGCCAGGAAGAUCCUGGAGACGCUGAGCCAUCAGAAGCAGCAGCACUCCCAGACCAUUAAUUUCAUGAAGGGCUCAAUGCCCCAGGAUGCCAGUUCCAAGCUGCAGGAGAUUUUGCAGAACAACCCCGUCAUUGCCAACUACACCAACGAUCAGAUCAACAUCACCUGGAAAAAGUGGGAAGUGAAGGGAGUGGAGAAAAGCAAUAUACUGGGAAGAUCGUACAAACAGAAAGUGAGGCAUGUUUUACCACCUACAUUCCCUGAAGUCCAAGUUAACUUUAGCAGCAGAGAGCAGCUGAGAAUCUACAAGCUGUUGCCCUGCAUGGCCUUGACCCCAGUAUGCCAGCCCCCGGUUCCAGACUUACUGAAGGAGGCCCAGCAACUGAAACGCACGGAAGGGGCAGAGACGAUAGGCAAACAGAAGAGGUUGAUCAAAAUGCCUGGUCGUGUGCACUUUACUUCAGAUACCAAAAUAGGCAGAAAGAAGUCCACAGCACCCAAGUCAGCCUAGCAGGCAAAGACACCCAGAAGGAAACAAGACUCUGAUGAAGUUCUGAAUAAAAAAUAUUAUUUAUUUAUAAAAACAAUAACAACAACAACAGCACAUCUUGUAAACCAUAAAUCCACACAGAACUGUUAUACCCAGUAUCAUUAGUGUAUAACAGUUCUGUGUUGAUUUAUGGUUUAUUUUCAGAGAUUACACAGGGUGAAGAACGGUGGUGUUUUUUUUUUUUUGUACACAGGGUGAAGAACGGUGGUGUUUUUUUUUUUUUUU